GGGUUGAUGAUGCCAAUCAAGGGACGCUACUUCCUCAAUGAGGGUGAAGAGAGCCCAGGCCAGGAUGCACUCUUUGAGAAGUACAGUCUUACCAACCAACAUGGGCCACUACUGUUAAUACUCCUGUUCAUAGCUACCAUGGUCUGCAUUGCCCUCAUCACCAUCACCCUCAUCACUGAGGUACCCUCCGAACAUAAGACUGUCCUGGGAACAGCAUUUGUAAUGCUUGUCAUGUUUGCUGCUCUGUACCUGCUGGUGUUUGUCGACUGCCUCGUGCGGAGGGGGCUCAGGGUUUUGGCACUGCUCAUCUGGGCUUGCCUCAUGACACUGGGCUAUGUGCUGCUAUUUGAUUCAUGGAUGGACUUUUCAUGGAAGCAGGUACCCUUCUUCCAGUUUGUCAUCUUCGUGGUAUACACACUGCUGCCCUUCAGCAUGUGGGGGGCCAUUGUGGUGGGGAUUGUCUCCACCACCUCCCAUCUCCUUGUGCUUGGAGUCCUUGAGGGGAUCUACAAGAUGCCUAGUGACGACUACGUGGGAAUGAAGCUGCUAUGCAGCGCUGCUGUCUUCCUGUGUGGAAAUCUCACUGGUGCCUUCCACAAGCAUCAGAUGCAGGAUGCCUCCAGAGACCUCCUCACCUACACUGUGAAAUGCAACCAGAUCCGCAGCAAGCUGCGCAUUGAGAAACGGCAGCAGGAGAACCUGCUGCUGUCGGUGCUGCCAGCCCACAUCUCCAUGGGCAUGAAGCUGGCCAUCAUCGAGAGGCUAAAGGAACACAGGGACCGUCACUAUGUGCCCGACAACAACUUCCACUGCCUCUACGUCAAGCGGCACCAGAAUGUCAGCAUCCUGUAUGCAGACAUUGUGGGCUUCACGCGACUGGCCAGCGAAUGCUCUCCCAAGGAGCUGGUGGUGGUGCUCAAUGAGCUUUUUGGCAAGUUUGACCAGAUCGCCAAGGCCAACGAGUGCAUGAGGAUCAAGAUCCUUGGUGACUGCUACUACUGUGUAUCUGGUCUGCCUGUGUCCUUGCCCACCCAUGCCCGGAACUGUGUGAAGAUGGGUCUGGACAUGUGUGAGGCCAUUAAGCAGGUGCGGGAGGCCACAGGUGUGGACAUCAGCAUGCGUGUAGGCAUCCACUCAGGGAAUGUGCUGUGUGGGGUCAUUGGGCUGCUCAAGUGGCAGUACGAUGUGUGGUCACACGAUGUGUCCCUGGCCAACAGGAUGGAGGCGGCAGGAGUCCCUGGCCGGGUGCACAUCACAGAGGCGACAUUGAAGCAUCUGGACAAGACGUACGAGGUGGAGGAUGGGCACGGGCAACAGAGGGACCCCUACCUGAAGGAGAUGAACAUCCAUACCUAUCUGGUCAUUGAUCCUCGGAGCCAGCAGCCACCCCCAUCCAGUCAUCACCUCCCCAAGCCCAAAGGGGAUGCAACUCUGAAGAUGCGGGCAUCAGUACGAAUGACCCGUUACCUGGAGUCCUGGGGUGCCGCUCGGCCUUUUGCACACCUCAAUCACCGAGAGAGCAUGAUCAGCAGUGAUACCCCUGUUAUCAAUGUCCGGAGGCCUCGGGCCAUUCCCCUGCGGCGCCACUGGACCCCAGACAGAAGUUCAUCUCCCAAGGGGCAGUCAGAGGAAGACUCAUAUGACGAUGAGAUGCUAUCAGCCAUCGAGGGACUCAGCUCUACACAGUCCUACUGCUCUAAGUCAGAUGACUUCCACACCUGUACCUGUGUGCCCAUCUUCCUGGAGAAGAGCUUUGAGCGAGAGUAUCGCCUGGCACCCAUUCCCCGGGCCCGCCACUACUUCGUCUGUACCAGCCUGGUCUUCCUCUGCAUCCUGUUCAUCAACGCCCUGCUGAUGCCCAGGAUGGUGGCUCUGGAUGUGUCCUUUGGGCUGGUGGCCUGCAUGCUGGGACUGGUGCUGGGCCUGUGCUUUGCUGAUGAGUUCCUGAGGUGCUGCCCAUCCCAGGGAAUGCUCCGGCUUGUGUCUGAGAUGGUGGAGACACAACCCCUGCUGAGGGUGUCCCUGGCCAUCCUGACCAUUGGCAGUCUGCUCAUCGUCACUAUCAUGUUAAUGCUAAACAUACCUCUCCUUGUGGUCACUGCUGGCCCAAGAGGCAUGGUUCUUGGUAGGAUGACCUUGGCCUCCUGAGUAACAUCUCUCUUCCACCCACAGUAUUACAUAUACAGCUGCAUCCUAGGCUUUGUUGCUUGCUCUGUCUUCCUGCGGAUGAGCCUGGAGCUGAAGUUCAUGCUACUGUCCGUGGCCUUGGUGGCCUACCUGGUGUUCUUCAACAUCUUUCCGUGCUGGCAAUGGUACUAUUGUGGCAACCUCACUGAGACCAACAACACCCACAGUGGUUUGUCAUCAUGUCCGUGGAAGGAUUUGAAGAUAACAAUUAAUUUCUACCUGAUUCUGUUUUACAUCACCCUCAUCAUGCUCUCCAUACAGAUUGACUAUUACUGCCGUUUGGAUUAUUUGUGGAAGAAAAAAUUCAAGAAGGAAUGUGAGGAGUUUGAAACCAUGGAAAAUGUGAACCGCCUUCUUUUGGAAAACGUCCUACCAGCCCACGUGGCUGCCCAUUUCAUUGGUGAUAAGUUAAAUGAGGAUUGGUAUCACCAGUCGUAUGACUGUGUCUGUGUCAUGUUUGCAUCUGUGCCGGAUUUCAAAGUGUUCUACACAGAGUGCGACAUCAACAAAGAAGGGCUGGAGUGCCUGCGCCUGUUAAAUGAAAUCAUCGUGGACUUUGACGAGCUGCUGUUAAAGCCCAAGUUCAGUGGUGUAGAGAAGAUCAAAACCAUCGGCAGCACAUACAUGGCAGCUGCAGGGCUCAGUAUCACCUCAAGACAUGAGAACCAGGAAGUAGAACGGCAGCACGCUCACAUUGGUAUCAUGGUGGAAUUCAGCAUCGCCCUGAUGAGCAAGUUGGAUGGCAUUAACAGGCACUCCUUCAACUCCUUCCGCCUCCGAGUUGGCAUAAAUCAUGGGCCUGUAAUUGCUGGAGUGAUUGGGGCUCGGAAACCUCAGUAUGACAUCUGGGGAAACACGGUUAAUGUUGCCAGCAGAAUGGAGAGCACUGGAGAACUUGGGAAAAUUCAGGUUACUGAAGAGACAUGCACCAUCCUGCAAGGACUUGGUUAUUCCUGUGAGUGCCGCGGACUGAUUAAAGUCAAAGGCAAGGGUGAACUGAGGACUUACUUCGUCUGUACAGACACUGCCAAGUUUCAAGGGCUAGGGCUGAACUGA